GCAGAGGUACCCGGCUCUGAGCCGGGAAAGGUCCCAGGACGCUGGGCUAUCGACUGCUCUGGGAUUGGUCUCUCUGUCCGCCCUGCACAUAUCAUGUAACGCAUAUGAGGCCUAAGAAAUACAGUCUACCUCUGUAUCGCUAGAUAAACUAGGCUUUUCCUGUUUGGUCUUAAUGCCCAAAGGAAAAGCCUAAGACUUUCCUCUGUCCUCCACCUCUUAGGCUGAACUUGGCUCCUUCCAAACUUCUCCUGACUUGCCUGGGAUGCCCGCUGUCCUGUCCUCUCCACUGUCCCAGCUGUUCCCUGCAAGGAUUUGGCAGGAGCCAAAACUGUACCAGGCAGCAUACUCUUGGUGGAAGAGCAUGAAGGAGCCAUGCCCUGACCCUGUUUUGUGUACUAGUAUAGACUUAGCCAGAGAACGUGUGUUGGUAAUAAAUAAACCCAUCUGGGGAAACAAGAGAGAGAGAGAAUUCGUAUCUGGCAUUUCAGGCACUGGAUUACAGGCUAGAGUAGGAAAUCCGUGAUACCCUUUGUACAAAGACUGAAGUUUUCUGCCUGUUGACUGGAAGCAGAAGUAAUUUUUCAGAACUUCUCAGGAUUUUUCUUUUUUCUCCUUCUCCUAUUUUGUCUCUUUUCUAGUUUGAAAACAGGCAGACUAAUUAGGGAUAUUCUUUAAUGGCCUUGUUUGGUAUUUUGUGUGCACCCAGCUGUAAAAACUAUGGCAAAAGAUUGGUACCGCAGUUUUUUUGUGAAGGCCUCAGCUCAUGUAGAAGGUGACAAGCGCUAAUUUCAUCCACAGAAGAAUUAUAUGGAAUCUUACUCUAGAAUAAUCAUUUUUCCUGCUGUAUUUUAGGCAGGAUUAUCCCAUAGUUAAGCAACAGAACCUAAAAUCAGGAAGUGUGGGUUCUGCUUUAGUCAUGUUCUUUGACUGUGGGCAUUUAGCUCUGUUUCUGUUCUACUUCUAUUUGGAGUUAAUCUUUACAGGGGAAUGACAUUUCUGAAUAGUUUUAUGACCCAUGUGUGAAAGAUCCAGUAGCAAAAAGAGGUGUUGUUAAUAACAGUACUUGCAAUUGACAUUCAAAAUACGAAGGUACCCUGCUCAUAAUUAUUUGUUUAUUGCAGUAAAAGACAAUGGCACAAGUUAAGAUGCAGACUACAGCAAACCUCUCUGGACCUACCAUGUCCCCUAUGGUGCUACCCCUACCAGUAACAACGACAGCUACACUGGGUCUGCAGUCCUCCAUGAAUGGAUCCAUUUCUGAAUCAGCUGCCAGCUGUAGCAGCCCUACUGCUGGCCUUGUGGAUCCUGCGCCUUCGAGCAACUCACCAGCUCCUCUCCAAGAUAUCACGGCAAACCCCAAAGAGAAAACUCCAAUGUGUCUGGUAAAUGAGUUAGCCCGUUUCAACAGAAUUCAACCCCAGUACAAGCUUCUGAAUGAAAGAGGGCCUGCUCAUGCCAAGAUGUUCACAGUGCAGCUGACUCUUGGAGAGCAGACAUGGGAAGCUGAAGGAAGCAGUAUUAAAAAGGCCCAACAUGCUGCUGCUAGCAAAGCUUUGAAUGAAACUACCCUUCCCAAACCAACUCCUAGACCACCCAAAAAUAAUGUUAAUAAUAAUCCAGGCAGUAUAACUCCAACAGUGGAGCUGAAUGGUCUGGCUAUGAAAAGAGGAGAGCCUGCCAUCUACAGGCCAUUAGAUCCAAAGCCCAUCCCUAAUUAUAGAGCAAAUUAUAAUUUUCGGGGCAUGUACAAUCAGAGGUAUCACUGCCCAGUGCCUAAAAUUUUCUACGUCCAGUUAACUGUUGGCAACAGUGAGUUUUUUGGUGAAGGAAAGACUCGUCAAGCUGCUAGACAUAAUGCUGCAAUGAAGGCCCUUCAAGCUCUCCAGAAUGAGCCUAUACCAGAAAAAUUACCUCAGAAUGGAGAAGCAGGAAAAGAAACAGAAGAAGAUAAAGAUGCAAACAAGUCUGAGAUCAGUGUAGUGUUUGAAAUUGCUUUGAAGCGCAAUAUACCUGUCAGUUUUGAGGUGAUUAAGGAAAGUGGACCUCCUCACAUGAAGAGCUUUGUCACGCGAGUUACUGUAGGAGAGUUCACUGCAGAAGGAGAAGGGAACAGUAAGAAGCUCUCAAAGAAACGUGCUGCGAUGGCUGUCCUGCAAGAGCUUAAGAAACUUCCUCCUCUUCCUGUGAUUGAAAAGCCAAAACUGUACUUUAAAAAACGCCCCAAAACAAUAUUGAAGACUGGACCAGAAUAUGGUCAAGGAAUGAAUCCCAUCAGCCGCCUGGCUCAGAUCCAACAGGCCAAAAAGGAGAAGGAGCCAGAGUAUGUUCUUCUUUCAGAGAGAGGAAUGCCUCGUCGUCGAGAAUUUGUUAUGCAGGUAAAAGUAGGCAAUGAGAUUACUACUGGAACAGGCCCAAACAAGAAAAUAGCUAAAAGAAAUGCAGCAGAAGCAAUGUUGCUACAGCUGGGUUAUAAAGCCUCUACUCCUCUUCAAGAUCAGCCAGAAAAGCUCGGAGAAAAUAAGAGUUGGAAUGGCCAGAAUGUUGGGUUUCCUGAGCCAACAAGUAACACACCAAAGGGAAUACUCCAUCUCUCUCCUGAUGUUUAUCAAGAGAUGGAAGCAAGCCGCAACAAAGCAGCCCCUGGUACCACCGUAAGCUAUUUGUCCUCCAAAGAAAUGAGCCAGACUUCUAGCUCUUUCUUCAGCAUAUCUCCUACAACAAAUAGCACAGCUACAAUUGCCAGGGAACUUCUCAUGAAUGGAACGUCCCCAACUGCUGAAGCCAUAGGUCUAAAAGGAAUAUCUCCUGCUUCCCCCUGUUCUGCAGUGCAGCCUUCAAAACAGCUGGAGUAUUUGGCAAGGAUUCAAGGCUUUCAGGUACACUACAGUGAUAGACAAAAUGGCAAAGAGUGUAUGACCUGUUUGACACUGUCUCCUGUGCAGAUGACUUUCCAAGGUAUCGGAAGCUCCAUUGAAGCCAGCCAUGACCAGGCAGCGUUAAGUGCCUUGAAACAGUUUUCAGAACAAGGACUGGAUCCAGUGGAAGGGGCUAUGAAAGUGGAAAACGGAUCACUUGAAAAACAAGUCAAGCAUCUGGGAGAGAAAGCAGACAAUAAACAGACUAACUCAGGCACCAUUGCUCAGGACUGCAAGGAUUCAAAGGCUGUCGUCUAGGAGCUUCCCAGCGCCCACGGCUGCCACUGCAUCCUUAUAAACCUGUCAACACGCAAUAGGGUGUAUGUGUACAAGGAAAUGGAUGACUAAUACCAUUAUUUGAGUCUUAUGUGAAGACAACACUAUUCUAACACAAGAGAUAGUAUACAUGGUACUGUUUAUUCAACUGCGGAAAAAAACAGAAUCGAACAUUUCCCUUAGAGCCUGAGAUCAGAGCAUAACUCAGUUGCCCAGAGGCAGAAGAAAUCUGAUCAUGUUACUGGAGGUUAAAAUAACAACUAAUUAAAAAAAAGUGUUAGAUAAAAAAGGGAAAUUUUAAAACUGAUUAAUAUUGAGGAAAACAAGUCAGCAUUGGUUCAGUUAUACAAUUUUUUCGUAGUGUAGUUUAAGUUCAGCUUACUGUUUUUUAAAUAAUGCUUGAAUAUUUUAAAAAUAACCAAUGACAGUGCUGUGAGAAUUGUAGUUGUUGUCUUCAUAUAUAGUCAUACAGCUUAUCUUUUUAUGCAGACAUUAUGCAUUCUUCAUUCUAUAUGAAUAUGUAUGACUUUAAGAUGCACUACUCAGAGUUGUAUGCAAACAGAAGUUUAAAUCAUGACAAGUAUUUGCUUAACAUGAACAGAUGUUAGUUACGAUCAGUCUCAGUAUACUCCAGGAAAAGCAGAUAUGGUAUUUGAUUUUCCUUGCCAUAAUCAAUUAAAGAGGCGUCUUGCCUCCAAGCAACAUUUUCCCCCUUCAAUUCUGCUCUCUGUUGUGUGAAGCACAUCUACACCCCAUUCUGUGUGUUGUAUCAACCCACCGUUUGCAUCAACUGAGUGUUUUUAAUCUCUGCAUUCUGACCAAGAGCAAAAGAUGGGAUUGCAAUGUUAUCUAGCCAAGGAAGGAAAACUGUCGAUGUAAAGAUCGUUCUUUUGUAAAAGGAGUAGCAGCAGAGAUAAGACCUGCGGCUGCGCUCUGUACCAGCAUAUUCGUUCGAGUGUGUGGCCAAAUGCAGUAAAACCACAUCAGUUCAUGUGUA